AAUUUGUUUUUUUAUUAUUGUUAACACGAUUAACCACAGACUGGUAGCAAAAUUCCCCAACUUGGUCACAAAACUGACUUAAAUCAAUGACGCUGUUUGCCCUCAUCGCGCUGCUCAGCCUGCUGAACACAAUCCUGCCAGACUUCAUAAGGAACUACCUCAAGGUGUCACGAUUGUGGGGCGCCAGGAACUCCGGGGAAGUACGGCAGUUGCAGACGGAGGUGGACGCCGCCCGCGAGGAACUGGAGGUGGUGCGCAAUGCGGAGCACUCGGGGGAGUACGCUAGGACUAUUAAAAUCAUGCGCGCCGAGCGCAAAGUGACGGAGGCGGAGGCCAAACUGAAGUCCGCCCGCGGAGUGGAGAACCUAAUGCGGAUGGGCAUCGACACCGCCGUGUUCUACGGCUCCAAGGUGCUGCUCUCGCUGAUCACAGUCAUAGUCAGCAUCCGGAAUCGUGGCACUCCCGUGAUGAUCAUCGACGAGGGCAUUAGCCUGGCCCCUUUCACAGGCCUGCUCAGCUUUCCCACCGGCGUGGCCAAUGCUAUUUCUGUGCCCGCCUGGGCCUUCUCCUGUAACCUGACAUUCCGCCUCAUCUAUGGUCUGGUGAAAAACCGCCGGGCGUGAUUCAAUCUGGACGUAAUCCCUCCAUUUAGUUUAGCUGUUAGAAGGCGCUCGAAACUAUGUACUUUGUUAUGGUUUGCUAGGCUUCAUCACACGCAUUAACAUUCUAAUGUAAAGGCCCAAUUUUUUGUAAACUACGUAAACACAUGAUAUAUAUGUAUUUUCACAAAA